AUGGAGGGAGGCGCCGUCGCUGCCACGCCGGCCUCGAAAGAGGGCGAGCAGAAUGCGAUGGACGUAGUGGCUACCAGCGGAGAACCGACCACCGCGCCUGCGAUCUCAUCGAGUAGCGGCGAAUCGACCACGAAUGCGGCCACAGCUACCGCUUCAUCAACAACAGGAGGCGCCGCAUUGCCGCAAGAGGGGAGCGAAGGAGAUGAAAAGAAUGGCUUGGCAUCUGCCGGCGCUGCAACAUCGGCGACCGCGAUGGCGGCGAGCAUCGCGGCGAGGAUCCAGGACGAGGAGGAGCGGCGGGCCAAGAUCGAUGAGCUCGAGCGGAAGCUGGACGUGCUGGGCGAGCAGAAGCACAAGCUGUUCCUCCUCCUCAAGCAGGUGCUCUUCGUCGACGAGAAGAAGAGGAAGAAGCUGGCCGAAGAGGAACGCAACCGCCUCGAAGAGCAACGACGGGCGGAGGAGACGCGCCGACUGAUGCAGAUGAAGGCGCUGAGGGACUCAGGCAAGGAGCCACCAAACGAAGGCGGUUCGCAGGGUGCGCGGCCGCAGUACGGAGAGCCGCACGGCUACAUGUACCCGCCACAGCGCGAAUACGGCAGAAUGGGUAUGAGCCCCGGCGGAGGAGGCGGUGGCGGGUAUCACAGCAGCGGAAGCGGCGGGCUGGGGUCGCGCGGCGGUUAUCCGCCACACCUUACGAUGUCGCAUCCGCCGCUGGCACCCCGGUCCCCGCUCUCGCCCUCCCACUCGCAGCACUCGCCCAACCACUCGCCGCUUCACCCCAGCAGCGGCGGCUCGCGCGACAGCCGCAAGCGACGCGCGCCUCCGCUCUCCUCCUACAAUUCACCUUCCAUCAGGUCUUCCGCCAUCCCCGCCGACUUCUGGCGGUGGCGGACCCAUGUCCCAGCACCCUUCACACGCUCCGGCAGCCAUUUUCCACAGGUGCCGCCGGUGCACAUCCCGGCCCACAUGGCCAUCCCCCAUGGCAUCCCGCUCGGAAUGCUCCCCGCCCAACUCGCUCUCCAGUCCCAGUUGGGCAUUCCACCGUUUCCACCACACAUGAUGAGACCCGGCCUUCUGCCCACCCCGCCACCUGGAGGCUAUCGCAACCGGGGCGGUAGCGGCGGCGGCGGAGGUGGUGGCGGCGGUUCUCGAGGCGGACCUCCGCCGCGCGUGCGAGGCAGCGAUCGACGCGGCUGGUGA